AUGCGACGACUAAAAGCUCAAAAGAAAGCUGAAGAACAAACACGAAAACAAAUUUCUGUACAACAACAAACAUUAAGUACAAAUGAUGAAGUAACUUUUCGUGAUGACAAUAACGAUCCAGAACUUAAUGCUAAUGAAUAUUACAAGAUGCGAUUGCAUCAUAUACAACAACUUAAACAAUCUGGAGAAAUAGUCUAUCCACAUAAGUAUCAUGUUUCAAUAUCAUUACGAGAUUUUAUUGAUAAAUAUUCUUAUUUAAAAAAUGACGAAAAUAAUGAAGAUAUUGUUUCUGUGGCUGGUAAAAUUUAA